UAAAACUAAGUGGUUAUUCUCUUUCAAUAUUUUAUCGAUGUUAAAUUUUUUGAAGCGUUCUUUAUUCUUCGCAAUUAACUUGUAUAGUUGUGGCUUCAGCAUUGUUUCCUCAAAUUCAAUAUUUUUUUCACGAAGCCAUGAUUGCAUGUCUGCUUUUCUUGAGUUUGAGGUAGGUGCAGGAUCUUCUUGUUUGUUGUGAUAAGAAGCAUUAUCUACAACAACGACUGAAUUUGCUGGCAAAUUUGGAACGAGUUGAUUCUUGAUCCAUUUUUCAUAAUUUUCAUAAUUCAUGUUAUCAUGAUAGUCGCCGGUUUUUGUACCCGCCUUAAACAUUAAAAGUGCGUUGGGUACAAAACCGACUUCAGAACCCGCGUGCACUAUUACAACUCUUUGACCCUUCGAAAUUUUCUUUUUAACUCCCAUUUGUGACCCAUCUCCCCAAGCCUUUGACAUGCCUUCCGAGCGAUAUUUUGUAAUACUAUGCAGAUAUUCAAUGCGCUGUAAACGAAUAUUAGACUGCUCUAUUAAUACUUUUCUCUCAUUUUGGGUGUUCUUCCAUUGAAACCCUAAUUGUUUCAAUAUUCGGCCUAAGCUGGUUACAGAACCGUUGAAAUUUAUGUCGUCUUUUAAUUUUCUUUGUAAUUGUUUAAGUGUUGGCAACUCUUUUUCAGUCACGUGAAAGUUGUGCACGCACCUUUUGAUGACACCUUGGUCGAAGCUGUCAAUAUUCGUCACUCUCUUGACUCCCUUCCUUUUUUUGCCAGGAGUACGAAAGACGGCUAGCAUCUCCGACUCAUUUGCUGUUGCAGCUAUUCUUUGUACAGUCCUUAGUGAGACGCCUGUAGCUGCUGCGGCUCGUUUUUGAACGAGCUUCAGAGGAAUUUGGACGCCGUCUUCACUCUCCUUUUUCAUAAAUUGCACGACAUUAUACACCAUUUUUCUGGCUUGCCUGCGUAAAACGUUGUAUCGUCCGCGUGGCAUAUUUAAACAAAAUAAUAAAAGUACUUUCCCACAACCAACAACAGUCUAAAACUUAAUGUGUGUAACACACAGAUGAAAACAAAACAGUCAAUAACAAUAAAAACUUAACGGAACAAAAACAAACAAAAAAACGUAACAAAACAAUUAACAAACAGUAACAAAUUAUGGGCUCAACUGUACGUAAGCAGGAGUGAACGUAACUCAAAUACUAAAAGCAAACGCGUCGCGUGAGUGCGUAUGAGACAGAAUGGGCGCGGCAGCGCGCGCGGGGAUGUGCCCCGCCACCACGUCCCUCUACAUCCCGCUGAUACCCAAAAAUUGUGUUCUGCGCAUCGGAACGUACGAUGUUCCUAGCCGCCAUUAAGUUUGAAUGUAUGUAUACCACAAAUGUUAGCUUGAAUAACCGUUCGCAAUGUUCUCUCUGAUAUCCCCAAAGUAUUUUAAAAAAGUCUUGAAAGUCUUUUUUUCUAUCGCCAUUAACCGUUAGAUGAAAAACUCAGUUUGAUUACUAUUUCUAAUAUUACUCGACGGUAAGCAACUUUUAAAGUAGUUAUGUAGGAGCUUAUAAAAUCGCGCUGUCUCUGUAAUAUUUACAAGCUCCAAUAACAUUCGAAUAUCUGUCGCCUUUGUUCCUCCGUAAUAUUAGUACUAUAUGUAAGCUUACAUUUUUCCGUAUAAAGUGGAUUUAUAGAAUUUUCUGCAAUAGUUUUACCAGUUCUAGAUACCAAUUUUUUCCUGAGUUUUUUAUGCUUUUCUUACGUUAAUCCAUGCAGAUUUAUUUCGAAGCCUCUUUUUUCAUUUCUUGGCCACAGUAAUUUCUGGAGGUGGCGUUACUUGCCUGGUAUUUGGUACAUUGUUAGAAUUAUCAAUAGUUGACGUCGAUGACGAGCUUGAGGAAGAGCUAGAAGACGAUGAACUAGAUGCUGAGCUGGAUGACGUAGAAUUAUUAUAACGACGUUUAACAGUUUUUUUAUGGCUUAUGUUCGUCAGCAAUAUCAUCUGCAGAAAAGUCUUAAAUUCAUUUGGCUAUCACUGUCAUUUUCGUUGUUUAUAUCAAGUAUAGAUGAGGUUUCGGUCUUAUCUAAAGGAGAAGAAACAUUUUUUUCCGAUUUUGUGGUUAAAUGAAAAGAACAAUUUAGGAAUUAUUGGAUGUUACUAAGAUAAUAUAAAUCACCUACAUUACAAAUCUAACAAAGUUUUUGGAAAAUCAAAGUUAAAAUAAAUACGUAGCAAAAUGAAGUAGGUAUAAUUAUGUUAUAUAUUACGCUGAUGACACCAAAAUAUUUAUGAAAAUUAAAAAUGAUAUGGAUUGUACUGGCCUACAAGCUGAUCUUAACAGUCUAGAACAAUAUUAUACUGAUAAUCGAAUUGGAAUAAAUAUAAAUAAAUGUUCUUUUAUUUCCUUUAUUCGCAAGAAACAUCCAAUCAAUUUUGAAUACUAUAUUAGUAAUGUUAAAAUUGCAAAAUCGGCUUAUGUUAGGGAUCUCGGUGUUCACAUUGAUUGCAAGUUGACAUUUUCUGAUCAUACAGAAAUUAUUAAAAACAAAGCGUACAGAAGCCUGGGUUUCGUAUUGCGUGUUAGUCGUCCCUUCUCAGACAUAGGUUGCCUAAAAGUACUAUAUUACGCUUAUGUUAGGAGCAUCCUAGAAUACUGUAGCAUAGUUUGGAACCCUCAGUAUAUCAUUUAUACUCAAGAUUUGGAGAAAAUGCAAGAAAAAAUCAUAAAACACUUAAAUUAUCGGUCCCAUUGCCUCUUUAAAAACUAUGAUGAAUCCUGUCAUUAUCAUAAUCUCACGACUCUCAAAAAUAGGCGUGUACUUGCUGACAUGUCCUUUUUACACGGAAUAUGCAACGGAUAUAUAGAUAGCCCUGAACUAUCAACCAAAAUACUGAGUUUCUGCGCCUCGAAAGUUAGAACGUGACACACAAAAUUAUUUGCUGUAACACAAUCAAAAUACGCACAAAACGCAUUGGUCAGUCGAUUGCAUAGAACUUUUAAUAAGCAAUUUAGGGCUAUUACGCACUGUCGACUAGUCGCCGGCGACUCAGUCCCUCGGCGACCGAAACAUGGGAAACAGGGCCCGGAGACCGAGCCGAGCGACAGUAUUCCAAGUACAUUCGUGCAGAAUGGACGUUGAAGAACUUGCAAUAGUAGCGGCGCUACUAAUUAUAAAAAGAAAGACAAAUAAAAAAAAAUCAAAAGAGUAUUGGGUGCAUCCUUUGUUAGAAGAACGGAGGUCAAAGGGAAUGUUUAAAAUAUUUUAUGAAGACGUUAGAAAAUAUCCUCGUAAAUUUUUUAAUUAUGCAAGAAUGUCUGUGAGUUCGUUUGAUGUCUUAUUGUGUCUUCUAAAACCACAUAUAACUGGCAUAGAUACAAAUAUGCGACCAUGUAUUUCUCCGGAAGAAAAACUUUUUAUAACACUAAGAUAUCUUGGAAGCGGUUGUAAAUUUGUAGAUUUACAUUACUCAUACAUACUUGGGAUUUCAACUAUAGCUGAAAUAAUAAGAGAAGUUUGUCAUUUUAUAUGGGUUGUACUAAAAGACAUGUGUUUACCGCAACCGAGAAAAGAAAAUUGGUUAAAAAUCGCAAAAGAUUUUCAUUUACGGGCCAAUUUUCCAAAUUGCAUAGGUGCCGUAGAUGGUAAGCAUGUAAGAAUUAUAAAACCAUACAACAGUGGAUCAUUGUGUUAUAAUUACAAACACUUCUUUUCUGUAAUUUUGCUUGCCAUUUGUGACUCUGACUAUAAGUUCAUAUACAUAGACGUUGGUUCCUAUGGAAAGGAUUGCGAUUCAACUAUAUUUACAAAUUCAACGUUUUAUCAAAAGCUAAUGAACAAUGAUUUGCAAAUACCCGAACCUAAGCCCAUUUCAUCGACAAACCCUAUACCAGUACCGUUUGUUAUUGUGGGUGACGAAGCAUUUGGACAAACUGACAAAAUUAUGCGACCGUUCGGUGGAUCAAAUUUAACAACAAAGAAAAAAAUAUUUAAUUAUAGGCUUUCUCGUGCACGACGCCAUAUUGAAUGUUCAUUCGGCAUAUUAGCAAACAAGUGGCAGAUUUUUCACAGACCUAUCAACGUGAAUUUAGAUCUAGUAUCAUGCAUCAUCAAAACAUGUUGCGCUCUUCACAACUAUGUCCGAGAAAGAGACGGAUAUAAAUUUGAAGAUACCCUGAGCAUUCCUGGCUUUGAAGAAGUCCCAAACGGUUUCCAAAGAGCUACGCGACGUGGUGCAUCAUACAGAGAUGUAUUUGCUGAUUACUUUACAACUGAGGGUCAAUUAUCUUGGCAGAUGAGCAGUAUUAAUUAAUAAAAAAUAAAUGGCAUUUCUUAC